UAUGCGUCAGCUCAUUUUUUUUUUCCUUCCAAUUUUUUAUUUUCUCAACCGUCCAGCUUUCUAAACCCUACUUCAGGUUUAGUCACUCCCUCUUUCCAUUACCAACCACUGCUCUCCGCACGCCGUUUCUAACCGCCGGCGUCACACCGGCCGCCGUACGCUGCACUCUCAGCCCCCACUUUCAUACAUUCUCACGCCAAUCAGAGUUAAUUAUCUCCAUUUUUUUCCUCAGAAACGCAGUGGUUUAGCUCCUAACCCGCGCCGUUGGUAAGAUCGCGCCGCCACCUUCAAAUUUCCAGGGGUUCCAAGCAAGGGGUUAGGGACCGAAGAUGACCCUAAAGCAUUUGCUUCUUCGUCAAACACUGAAGAGCUUUUCGAGAGCCAAUGCCAACUUACUGCAUCGACAAUCACCUAUCAACAUCAAUGCCACUCACACAUUCAUCACAAAACCUUCCUUUUCUUUGCUUGAUUCACAUUAUGGUUGUUAUUCUUCAGUCACUGUCCGAAAUUUUGAGUUCAGAAAAUCGAAUUCAAUUUCCAGUAGGUGCAUUCACUUUACUGUAACUAAGUUGAUCGAUGCAGCAAUUGAGCCAAAACUCGAAUCUGCAGACGUUGAGGAUGAUGAUGGAUCAAUGAACGAGUUUUUAUCCAGAUUUGUUUGGAUAAUGCGUAGAAAGAUUUCUGAAGUGUUUCCGGAUUAUGAUAAGCAAACAGUUAAUGCAAUGCUUUUGAUGAUUGUGGAAAAAGUAGUAUCUGAAAUGGAAAAGGGUAGCUUUGAGCAAACGUUAAAGGCUUCCACAGAUAGUCCAGAUUGGGACCUAAGUGAGGAUUUGUGGAAGACAGUAAGUGAAGUUAGCAACAUGGUUUUGGAUGAUAUGAAGAAGGCUACAAAGAAGGAGAAAAUGAAGGGUUUUCUGCUCUCUGAGGAAGUUCAGGAAAUGUGUAGGUUUGCUGGGGAAGUUGGCAUUCGAGGGGAUAUGCUAAGGGAAUUUAGGUUCAAAUGGGCCCGUGAGAAAAUGGAAGAAAGUGAGUUUUAUGAGAGUUUGGAGAAGCUCAAAAAAGAGGCUCGUACCCAGGAAGAAAAGAAUGAUUCUCCAAGUGGUGCAGAGGCUGCACCUGAGGUGAAAUCCGAGGCUGUUUCUCUUCCCAAAAGGCGAGGGAAGUUAAAGUACAAGAUUUAUGGUCUUGAUUUAUCUGAUCCUAAGUGGAGCAAAGUAGCAGACAAAGUCCAUGAGGCAGAGGAGGUGCUAUGGCCGCAGGAACCAAAGCCAAUUUCUGGAAAAUGCAAACUGGUCACAGAGAGAAUUCUUUUGCUAAAUGAGAAUGAUGACCCAUCUCAAUUAUUGGCUGAAUGGAAAGAGCUUCUUCAACCCACUAGAAUUGACUGGAUUACCUUACUUGAUAAAUUGAAUGAGAAGAAUAGAUUCUUAUACUUCAAGGUAGCAGAACAUCUUCUGAAUGAAGAGUCUUUCCAGACCAACAUCCGUGACUACUCUAAGCUUGUUGAUGUCCAUGCUAAAGAGAACCGCCUAGAGGAUGCUGAGAGAAUUCUUAAGAAGAUGAAUGAGAAGGAUAUUACACCAGACAUUUUGACAGCCUCAGUUUUGGUUCAUAUGUAUAGCAAGGUGGGCAAUCUUGACCGUGCGAAGGAGGCUUUUGAUACCUUGAGGAGUUACGGCUUCCAACCAGAUGGGAAGGUUUAUAAUUCCAUGAUAAUGGCAUUUGUAAAUGCUGGACAACCCAAGUUGGGCGAGUCAGUGAUGAGAGAGAUGGAAGCAAGGGACAUCAAACCCAGCGCAGACAUUUACAUGGCAUUACUAAGGUCAUUUUCCCAACGUGGUGAUAUCAGUGGCGCUGGAAGAAUUGCUUCUACCAUGCAGUUUGCUGGCUUCUCGCUAAAUUUGGAGUCAUGUACAUUGCUUGUUGAGGCAUAUGGGCAAGCUGGUGAUCCUGAUCAGGCAAGGAACAAUUUUGACUACAUGAUAAAAAUUGGGCACAGGCCUGAUGACAGGUGCACUGCAAGUAUGAUUGCAGCCUAUGAAAAGAAGAAUCUGUUGGACAAGGCUUUGAAUCUUUUACUACAGCUUGAAAAGGAUGGAUUUGAGCCUGGGGUUGCAACUUAUGCUGUUCUUGUAGAUUGGUUGGGUAAGUUGCAGCUGGUUGAAGAAGCCGAGCAGGUAUUAGGCAAGAUUGGCGCACAGGGUGACUCUCUCCCGUUUAAGGUUCAUAUUAGCCUAUGUGAUAUGUACUCAAGAGCUGGGAUUGAGAAAAAGGCGCUGCAAGCUGUGGGGAUCUUGGAAGCUAAAAAGGAGGAGUUGGGACAUGGUGAUUUUGAGAGGAUCAUAAAUGCACUUAUAGCAGGUGGCUUUGUGCAGGAUGCUAAAAGAAUGCAGGGUGUUAUGGAGGCCCAGGGUUUUACUGCAUCCCAACCACUUCAAAUGGCUCUGAGGACAUCUCAAGCUCUUCGUGGCAAAAGACUACGUUGACAUUAUUUUUUUUGACCGUUUAUAAAUUUAUCGACAGUUCAUUGCUGCUGGCAGAUAUGUGAAUAUUUACCAUCAACUAGAAUUCUGUGGCAAAGCUAGUGGCUGGAAAUAUUUUGUAGGAUGGAACGGAAUCUCUAUGGCAAAAAUUGGCAUUUCAGCAUUUCUUUGUGAGGCAGUGUUAUUUCCCCCAACCAAAUAUAGGAACAUGUCUUAUGCGAUUCUCUGCAAAUGCCAAAAACUUCAACUGGAUUAUUCUCCCCUUAGAUGAUCGUUGGUGCAGCUGGAGAAGGAGCUGACUUCUCUUAUUUAUGGUAAUUUCAGAAUCUAAAUGACAUUGUAUUUAGUAUUUACCUGUCAUAAGCUGCACUGCUUUAAGGAUGUUCGUAUCAGACGUUACAGUUACUAGUUUGUCCUGUUCAUGGAAAAUAAAAAUGUAUGAUUGAGAACUGUUGUUUGUAA